CCUCGCCUCUGCCCAUCCCGGGAUGGCGACCCGCGCGGCGCUGUGCGUGGCGGGCGCGGCGCUCUCGCUCUACGCGCUGCACGUGGAGCACGAGGUCUCGCGGGACCCCUCGUACCGCGCCGCUUGCGACCUGGCGCCCGCGGUGUCCUGCACGAGGGUCUUCGCCUCCCGGUGGGGGCGGGGCCUGGGGCUGGUGGAGGCGCUGUUGGGCCGCGACAGCGCAGCCAAUGUCCCCAACGGGGCUCUGGGGCUGCUCUACUACCUCCUGCAGGGGGUGAUGGGCGCUGUGCCGGGACGCGUGGCGGCUUCGGCGCUGCUGUGGACGUCGUUGGCGGCGGCGUUGGCGUCGCUGUGGUUGGCGUCGGUGUUGGCCUUCGGCCUCCGCGACCUCUGCCUCGUCUGCCUCAGCACUUACGUCCUCAACGCUCUCCUCCUCGCCCUCAACUGGCGGCGCUGGCGCCGCCUCCCGCGCCCCAAAACCGCCUGAAAAACCAGCCCAAAAAAACACAGGUGGGGGUUCUUCUGCCCCGAACCCCCAAAGCUCC